AGCCCCGCCGCUGCUACCCCAGGGCUUUUAAGUGCCCUCUGGGAAAGCCGGUCCCGAUACGGCACACUGGCUCUUACCGGUACGCUGUACCGGGGCGUACCGGCUUACUGUCACCUCUGCUUAGGACCCACCCCUGGUGUGGACCAGGGAGGAAGGGCCUCAGACACAUGCUGGAGACCCCGGCCCCCAAAGCCCCUAGGCACAAAGGGGAGAGACCCCAGGGACUCCGGCUGCUGCUGUCCAGCUCCCUCUGCUUCCACCCUCCCCUGCUUCCCUGCAUCCUUCAUUACUCCUCUGCCCCCGCCUGUGCCCCUGCCCCCCGGCUGCCUGCCGCCGCCCGCGCCCUUUCCUGGCUCCCGCCGGUCGCUUGUUGCUCUGCUCGGAGCGCUUCGCUAACCUCCGCCUCCCUCCCUCCCUCCUUUGUGGCUGCGGCCGCCUCCUCUCCCCCGCGGCUGCACUGCUGCUGACUCAGCCAAAGGGGGAACUCAAAGGGCAGCAGCCAGCCCUGCCGUGCCGCGGCCCCCGGCUUCCCUGACCCCGGCAAGUUGCUGGCCGGGUGGCUGCUGCCCCCAGCUGUCCCGGCCGGGACCCUCCAGCUCUGAACGGGGCGCUGGCAGCGAGAGCUUGUUGUCAGCCCCUGAAGCGAAGCGAAGCAAAGUUUCUCUCUGGUCUCCUCCUCGCUGCAGGCAGCCGGAGCCAGCAUGACAGCCAUAGCGGUGCAGGCACAGAGAUUGCUUGCUCACAGAAGACCCAAGAAAUCAUUCUUUGAGACGUUCAUCAGAAGCCUCAUUAUUUUAUGCGUGGCAAUAGCAGUUGUCCUGUCAUCAAUUUCAGUUUGCGAUGGCCACUGGAUUUUUGCAAAAGGACAGUUGUUUGGACUGUGGCACUUCUGCACCAUAGGCAACAGCACCAAAUUGAAAUGUGUGACUGAUCUGAAUCAGGCCAGAGUGGAAGGGAUUAAUUUUGGAAUGAUUCUUGCAAGAAGUGUGGUGUCUCUUGCUGUGGUUGUAGCAAUAUUUGGCCUGGAACUUCUGAUGGUCUCCCAAGUCUGUGAAGACACUAAUUCAAGACGAAAAUGGUCAAUGGGAUCAAUCCUUAUUCUUCUCUCAUUUCUCCUGUCCUCCAGUGGAGUCCUGAGUUUUUUAAUCCUCCUGAAGGACUACAUUACCUUCAUGGGCUUCACACUGACCUUUUGGUGUGAGUUCAUUGCUGCCUGCCUUUUCUUCCUUAAUGGGAUGAGUGGACUUCACAUUAACAACAUAACAUACCCCUGGAACAGAGCAAGAAAAUUCUAGAACUGGUGGGUGUAUUCUGCUUUUGUGUCCUCAGCUUUGCCAGUUAGACUGGAAAAAUCAGUCAAAUGAAAUUGGAAAAGGACAUCAGGUUCUUAAAGUCAUUUGCAAAGAGAAAAUAUUUGAGUCAGUCUGAGAAUUUCAUAGGAUGUACCCAUAGUUCACUGAGGAUGGCUGCAGGGGAAAAAUUAAGACCUGCUAUAGUUUUAAAUGAAAUUUUCUGCAGUAGUAGAUAACAAAAUAAGGAAAGGGUCCUAUUUUGUUUUAAAUUUAAAGAAAGCAUCUGAAGUGUUUUAUGGAUAGAAGACCUGAAAAUUGCAAUCUACAUCAGUUGUUUUAAAGUACCGGGGUCAAACACUCUGUGUGGUGCUUUGGAGUUUGGUAUUGCUUUUUCUCCCCCAUCUUCAGUUGCUCUUCUUGAGUGUGUGAACAGAGUGUGAGGAGGAAUGUAUGCCCAGCGUGUACAGCCCGUCCGAUGGAGCUUCAUUUCAGCUUGGACAGACUAUUUAUGCCUGGUCACAUUUAUUAGUGUGACAUAUUGAAAAUCUUUAUCAGGGUUUCACACCCCGUCAUUCUCUUCACAAGACAUGAGUGAAACAGAUCUGAAUCAAUGCUAAUUAGCUCAUGUUUUCCAACUGUCACUUGUAUCUCCUAUAACUAUCCCUUCCCUAUAUAAUGUAUUAGAGGUUUGGGGUAUGUACAUCCACUGUGAUUAGGAUAUAGGGCCAGAGUCUCAUUUUGUCUCCAGCCCCUAGCAGCACAGAGGGACUGGAUUGUGGCUAUACAUGGCCAGCAGAGAAUUCCAUUAGGAAGAGGGAACUAUCCACUGGCAUAAAGCCAGCAGCGCCUGCUCCUGUAUGAGCCACCCUAUUCCAGCCUCUUCUGAUGUAAGCACUCAUGGGAUACUUUAGUAGAUGCCAGUGCAGACUCAGAAUCAGGGCACUCUAACUGGCUUCCUGAUAUCCAGGGAGACUUUGGCCCAUAGGGUUACUUAAAGUUCAGCCUUGCUAUUUCUGAUCAUUCGUCUAUUGUCCUUUCACUUCGCUCCCGGGACAAGCAACACUCUAACUGGUCUACACUACGGGGGAGGAUCGAUCUAAGAUACGCAACUUCAGCUACGAGAAUAGCAAAGCUGAAGCCAACGUAUCUUAGACCGACUUAGAAUCACUUACUUCGCAUCCUCGCGGCACGGGAUCGACGGCCGCUGCUCCCCCAUCAACUCCGCUUCCGCCUCUCGCCCUGGUGGAGUUCCGGAGUCGACAGCAGAGCGAUUGGGGAUCAAUUUAUCGCGUCUACACUAGAUGCGAUAAAUCAAUCCCCGAUAGAUCGAUCACUACCCACCAAUCCGGCGGGUAGUGUAGACAUGGUCUGAGAGUGUUAAGCUAGCUGAUGCGAUUUACUCCACCACAGUGAUCCUUCCCCCUGCCUUUUACCAUAGACGGUCAGAAUUAUUCUGGUUGAACAAUACCAGUAAUUCCCAGUGAGUCAACGGGAAUUAUUGCACUCAUGUAGCUAGAGAAAUAAACUCAUUCACUUUGCCAUGUAGAGGCUCUUCUGUGAUAAGAGAAAAUCCGUAGACCUGACAAUUUAGACAAAAUGGUUUUCCCUUGUGAUUUAAAAAGAGGAAACAUAAAAAAAUAAACUUCCGCAAAAAUGAGGUAAUCAGAGGGGCUGAUUCUGCAUUCACAGAGUGCUGGCGUAAAUCAGGAGUAACUCCAUUGUAGUCAGUGAAAUUGCUAGUGUGAUGGAGAAGCAGAAUGCCAGACUUAAGAUCUCUAAUUAAAAAGCUGCAUACGUUCAUUACAGCUUAAAAAACCCUGCAAGUUGUUGAUGUAGUAAAAUUAGUCAAGCUGUUGACAGUCUAAUCAAGUUCCUGCAUGGCUGGCAGAAGCAGAAUUACAUGCAUCUGGAUUUAGUGCUUGUAGCAUUGCAUCAAAUUCUUUUCAAUAUCCUUCCUGUUCAAAGUAGAACACUCCAUUGACAAUGGAUUAAAACAUUUAGAAAGUGUUUCACAGCGUCUGAUAAAAUCUAUUUUAUGUCUUCUGGAAAGAUUUUUUUUAUUUCUAUAAAGACAAAUAUUUAAACAUGCUUCCUCUUUAUAGUUAUAUUUGAAUCAAUAAUUCUUGAGCAAGGCAUUUAAUCUACUGUACUACACCAGUUUCUAAAACAUACUCUUUCACCCAGUACAAACACACCAGUAUAGUUUGUGGAAUAAAUGUAGUGGAGAGAGAAGACUACUUAUGCAAGCCAUGAAUAAAUGUCAUCCUUUGUGCAAAUCUGUUCUUUAAGGCCAAGAAUAAUAAGCACUGACUACAUAUACUUUGUAAUCUUGUACAGUGCUCUUAAACUGACCAGUCAUUUUCUAAUGAGGAAAUAUUCUCAUAUUUUCUUUUUAAGAAAUGUCAACUUUCACAGAAUAAACACCUAAACCUUUUUGUGUUCCUCAUCAGUAGAGUGCGAGUGAGUUUUCAGUCCAGAUCUAGUUAUGUAUGUCUUGUUCUGGUAACAUAUUGUUCCCUAGCACCCUAGUUUGUAUGUCUUCCUGAUAUGGUAAUGCACUAAGCUAAGUUACCCAGAGUAACUACUGAAUUUUAUCUUUUUCCAAUAUUGGGCCUAUUCUUGGAUUCCUUGUGCACCUAAAACUCCUGUUGCCUUCAGUAGGAAUGUGGGAUGCACAAGGAAUACUAGAUACAUGCCCCUGGAUCUGCCUAUGCCAUGCUGCACUGUGAUUCUAGCUCUUUCUCUUAUUUAAAUAAGGUGCUUUUGCUUCCCCGAAUUGCAGUUUGUUUAACAUAACUAGAAGCUGAACCUGCAACCAUUUAACUCAUGGGAAGAGUCCCACUGAUUUCAGCAGGGCUCCUUUUAUGAGCAAGCGUUUGCAGGAUUAAGCCUCAAAUUGUUGCACAUUGGUUAUAUCAACUGUGUCAGUCUGUGGAGUGAGUGCCUUACACCAUUGUUAAGUAGCAUUUCAGUAUUGCGUAUAGGGAUACAAACACAGAGUACCUCUGAGCAGGAUGAACCUGGUGAUGGAGCACUUGCAUGAGAUCCAUGACCAGUGUAUCCAGGGUUUUGUGGAGACACAACACUUGAUGAAAUUACAUUCCUUCUUGGUAACUUCAAAACAAUGGAAAUAAAUGAUGUAUGCACUUUGAGGCCAGCCUUAACACUAGCAAGAAUUAGACCCAGGGUGCUCCUGUCCUGCUUCUUUUGGAAGGAGGAGGGGAAAGUGGACCAUGAGUUGUAUAUCCCCACUAGUCACAUAUAAAGAGGAAAAAUCAGAGAAUGAGUUAGAGCAUCCACAUGGGACACAUAACGGUUGCUUGUGCUUAAAGAUGGUCAUAUAUAUUUUUAUGAAUAAAUGAGAAGUCCUUUUUGAAAAAGUAC